CCUUCUUCCUGCCCUCCUACUGGUUGCUCCCCUCCCCCAGCUCAGAGGCCCCUGCGGACCCUCGUCUCUUCCUCAGACUUCCCCGGCCUGUCUCGAGCUUCUUCGCUGGACCCAGGGCCUUGGGCGUGAGAGGUCCACCAUGACGGCGCCCCCGUGGCGCGCGCUGCAGCUGCUGCUCCUGCUGGGUGCGUCGUGGGCGCGGGCAGGCGCCCCCAGGUGCACCUACACCUUCGUGCUGCCCCAGCAGAAGUUCACGGGCGCCGUGUGCUGGAGCGGGUCGGCGGCCGGACGGCCGGGGCCCGAGGCAGUCAACGCGAGCGAGGUGGCGGCCCUGCGCGUGCGCGUGGGCCGCCACGAGCAGCUGCUGCGCGACCUGCAGCGGGUGGCGGCGGCCGACGGCGCCGUGGCCGGCGAGGUGCGCGCGCUGCGCAAAGAGAGCCGCGGCCUGAGUGCGCGCCUGGGCCAGCUGCGCGCGCAGCUGCAGCACGAGGCGGGGCCGGGGGCGGGGCCGGAGCCCGCCGCGGCCCUAGCGUUGCUGGGCGAGCGCGUGCUCAACGCGUCGGCCGAAGCGCAGCGCGCCGCCGCCCGCUUCCACGAGCUGGACGUCAAGUUCCGGGAGCUGGCGCAGAUGGUCAGCCAGCAGAGCGGCCUCAUUGCCCGCCUGGAACGCCUGUGCCCGGGGGGCAUGGGCGGGCAGCAGCAGGUCCUGCCCCCACCCUUGGUGCCUGUGGUUCCUGUCAGCCUGGUGGGUGGCAUCAGUGACAGCAGCAGGAGGCUGGACCCAGCCCUGGAGACCCUGAAAGACCAGACCUCAAGACAGCAGGGGCUGCUGGCAUCACCCACGCUCGCAGGGCACCCUGCAGCCUCCACUAAGCCUGCAGGCCCGUGGCAGGACUGCGCGGAGGCCCAGCAGGCAGGCCACGAUCAGAGUGGAGUGUAUGAGCUGCGGCCAGGCCGUCACGUGGUGAUGGCCUGGUGCGAGCAGCAGCUGGAGGGGGGUGGCUGGACGGUGAUCCAGAAGCGACAAGACGGCUCCGUCAACUUCUUCACCACCUGGACGCACUACAAGGCAGGCUUUGGGCGGCCAGAUGGGGAAUACUGGCUGGGCCUGGAGCCUGUGCACCAGCUGACCAGCCGCGGGGACCACGAGCUGUUGGUGCUCCUGGAAGACUGGGGGGGUCGUGGGGCCCGUGCCCACUACGACGGCUUCUCCUUGGAGCCUGAGAGUGACCAUUACCGCCUGCGGCUUGGCCAGUACCACGGUGAUGCUGGCGACUCACUCUCCUGGCACAAUGACAAGCCCUUCAGCACUGUGGACAGGGACCGGGACUCUUAUUCUGGUAACUGUGCACUGUACCAACGGGGAGGCUGGUGGUACCACGCCUGCGCCCACUCCAACCUCAACGGCGUGUGGCACCGUGGCGGCCACUACCGCAACCGCUAUCAGGACGGCGUCUACUGGGCUGAGUUCCGAGGUGGGGCGUAUUCUCUCAAGAAGGCUGCCAUGCUGAUCCGGCCCCUGAGGCUCUGACCCGUCAGUCCCCCACGGUCUUCUUCACCAACUGGCCCUGGCCACACUGCCUCUGUGGCAGAGAGUUGGCCCUGUCCCAAAGACCCUCCCUUCCGGAUCCGCUCCCCAAGGUCCUGCCAAUGAGACCCCACCAUCCCCUUUGGCUCCCCAAGGGCGCGGCUCUCCUGGUGGGUGCUUGCCUUUUGUAACAACACAGAAGUAGCCACAGA